AUGGAGAAUGUGAAGCCCCUACCACUUCUCAAGCCACGGAAUCCAAUAAAGUCGUAUUCUAACGAUACGGAUCAGCUCUUCAGCCUACGAACAUAUGGAUAUUUGAUCUUGGCUGCUACGUGGAUCAUAUUCAUCGUUACCACUUGUAGUCUACUUGGAAUUUGGGAUUAUAUCAUUUUUCCAUUAAGUUUAUCAUCGUCUACUGACCAUCUCCACUCGCAAUUGAGUCUGAUUUUUCGGUUCAUAGAAAGUUCAGUUUUGAAAGCAUGGGGUAUAUACGUUGUGUUAUGGUGGUGGGCUAUAAGUUCAUGGAUUGGACUUAAGCUCUUUAGACAUUCCAAGGGUAUACAAGCAGAGUUGGAUAAAAGAAGUUAA